CCCUUGGACGCCGUUAACGAAAUCUCGGCCGGGGGGGCGGGUGGGAGGGGGUGGGGAGGCUGAUGCGAGACGCGUCGCCGCGAGGCGGCUCUCUGCCCUGCGCGGCGCAGCCCGGUGAGGCGCAGUUCAGGCACCAUCACCGGCGGAGCGAUACCACCACCAUCUCCUCUCAGCCUCGGUUUAUCAAGCCGAGGGUGUGUGGCACACUGUACCUGAGCGAGCGUGCAUGUCACAUACUGUUGGAGAGGGGGGGUAGAGGACCAAAACUGGACCAAGCCACCUGUCUCUCAGUGCUCUGAAAUGCGGCGCCGUAUCACCCCCGCGUCAAGAACAAUCUAUCUCCUGCGGUUGUUUUGCAACUGAUGAAGAUUUUCUUUUUUUUUUAUUAUUUUUUGAUGCGUUGUGGAUGAUGUUUAUCCUGGUGCUCCGGUGUAGUGCGUGAGCCACCAUUGGUGCUGGCGAGCAGGUGCUGUUGUCGAGGCCUGUUGACAUGCGUUCCCCCUGAGCUUGGUGGCGCCCCCCUCAGCGGCGUGGUGGCAGGAUGCCAGUGCAGGCGGCCCAGUGGACGGAGUUCCUGUCCUGCCCCAUCUGCUACAAUGAGUUCGACAGCAGCGGCCACCAGCCCAUUAGCCUGGGCUGCUCCCACACGGUGUGCAAGACAUGCCUACACAAACUCCACCGCAAGGCCUGCCCCUUCGAUCAGACGCCCAUCAGCACCGACAUCGACCUGCUGCCGGUCAACUGCGCCCUGCUGCAGCUGGUUGGAGCUCAGGUGCCAGACGUCCAGCCGGUGAGCCUGAGCAGCGCAGCGGAGGUUGAGCACUAUGAGGUGUGCAGGGUGUGCGUAGAAGAGCUGGCUCUCUACCUGAAGCCUAUCAGCGGAGCCAAAGGUGUGGCGACCCUGAGUCCGAGCGUGCUCAGCCGGCCCAUGCAGAGGAAGCUGGUGACCUUGGUGAACUGCCAGCUGGUGGAGGAGGAAGGGCGCGUGCGGGCGGUGCGAGCGGGCCGCUCCCUCGGCGAGCGCACGGUCACCGAGCUCAUCCUGCAGCACCAGAACCCCCAGCAGCUCUCCGCCAACCUCUGGGCGGCGGUGAGGGCGCGCGGCUGCCAGUUUCUGGGACCCGCUAUGCAAGAAGAUGCGCUGAAGCUGGUUUUGCUGGCUCUGGAGGACGGUUCAGCUCUGUCCAGGAAGGUGCUGGUUUUGUUUGUAGUCCAGAAGCUCGAGGCUCGGUUCCCCCAGGCCUCCAAAACCAGCAUAGGCCACGUGGUGCAGCUGCUGUACAGGGCCUCCUGCUUCAAGGUGACUAAGCGCGACGAGGACUCAUCUCUGAUGCAGCUGAAGGAGGAGUUCCGCACGUACGAGGCUCUGAGGAGAGAGCACGAUGCUCAGAUCGUCCACAUCGCCAUGGAGGCGGGCCUGCGCAUCUCACCUGAGCAGUGGUCUUCUCUGUUGUAUGGAGACCUGGUCCACAAGUCCCACAUGCAGUCCAUCAUAGACAAGUUGCAGUCUCCGGAGUCGUUUGCGAAGAGCGUUCAAGAGCUCACCAUUGUUCUUCAGAGGACUGGUGAUCCUGCUAACCUCACAAGCCUUAGACCACACCUCGAGCUACUCGCCAACAUUGACCAUAAUCCAGAUGCCCCCACGCCAUCCUGGGAGGAGCUGGAAAGUGUGAUGCUGGCUGUAAAGUUGGUGGUUCACGGACUGGUGGAAUUCAUACAGAACUUCAGCAAGAAGAGCCACGAAACUCCACAGCCUCAGGCCAACAGCAAGUACAAGACCAGCAUGUGCCGAGAUCUUCGUCAGCAGGGAGGCUGUCCCAGAGGAACCAACUGUACAUUUGCACACACUCAAGAUGAGCUGGAGAAAUUUAGACUGAAGAACAAGAAGAGCAGCAGCGUGGCCCGUGCCUUCAAUUUAGCCCCCGGUGUCAUGAACAAAACCUUCACCAUGGAGGGCAACAUCGGCGCUGACGUGUCUGCGGCGGUGGGGCAGUCCCUCAAAGGCGGGGGGGAGAACGCGGCCUCCAUGACAGAGGGAGUUCCAGUCUUGACUCACCCUCAGCUCAUCUCCAGGGGCGCUGACAUGAUGGAGGAAAUGAUGGCGCCGAACGGAACCAGUGGGGCUAAUGGGUGCGGGAGGUUAUCUGGCACCAACAGGAGCUCAUCGGGGUCAAUCGAACAGAAGCCCGUCUCUCCUCCCAGGACUCCAGUGAGCCACUCCUCAGCGUCUUCUCCUUUGACCACAGUUGGGCGGGCUGAUGGUGGCGCCCCCAUGCCCAAACAUGGUCAGUUCAUCCUGCGUGCACCGCAUCCUUCUCAGGCGUCAGAGCUGUACUACCAGGAGCCUCAUUCUGCAUACGACACGGCCCACUAUCCACCAACCUCAGGUUCCUACUACCCGUCAACUCUCCAUCCUCCUCACAAACCUUGUAUGGCUCGAUUCCUCCGAUCGUCCAACGUCCCGGAGUCCUCUCUGCCGCCCUCCAUGGGCCCUCCGCCAUCCUCUUACCCAAGCGACCCGCAAACGCCACACCCGCCUUCUUCCUCCUCGUCGGGUUACCCGCCACACCCGCCGCCCAGAGAUCGGAUGGGACCACCCGCCUUCCACCCCCACCCGGGGCAGACUCAGUACGGGCCCUUGGCUCCGGCUCACGGCGUUUACGCUCCGCUCUAUGACAGCAGGAGAGUAUGGAGGCCCCAGCUGUACCACAGAGAGGACGCCAGGAGUAACUCACUGCCUCCAGAGGUGCUGCAUUCCUCUGUCUACCAGCCUCCACUCAGGGAGAGAUUCAACUCUCUAGACAGCAACUACUGCUCUGGAGCGGAGCACCGCGCAGGGCUGCACAGGGACUACGGACGUGUUCCUCUGGGCUACGAGGAUCUGUUCAGGAGGAAGCAGGAACAGUGGGCACAUCAUCACCACCAUCACAGUGCCAACAGGCCCUCCCAGUCUUCCCCCAUCUUCACCAUCGAUUUUGGAGCAGAGCAUGUGGAAAGCAGUGGAGGUCAGUGUGUGGGGUGCAGGUUCCGAGGCGAGGAAAGCUUAGCGCACUACUCUCCGUGGUCCUGUGGCACCAUCGGCCCCUGCCUGAGCCCCUUCGAGCCUGAAACACGCGCACACACAUCGGCCCACUCCUGCUCGGAGCACUCGGAGCUGGACAACAGCGAAGGGGGCGGCGUUAGCGGUGGUGGCGUCGGGAAGCGGUGGCUGCACUCGCUGGAUCACUACCGGCGCCUGAAAGACGAGGACCCCAUCAUUCCCUUCAGCGAGGGGCCCAUUAUCUCCAAGUGGGGCGCCAUUUCCAGGGCGUCCCGCACAGGCUACCACACCACUGACCCUGUUCAAGCCACGGCCUGCCAGGGCAGCGCAAGCACCACGCCCAUCAACUUCAAAGAUUACAACCCCCACUUGGAUCAUGGUGACUACAGGUGGAGCUCCAGAGGAUCAGACUCUUCCAGUCACUCCAGUUUCCUGGAGAGUGAGCAGCUUUGUGCAUCAGAGCUGCACGGCCGUCGCACUUCAUUAAGCAGCGGAGAGAAGAUUGUGUCUGACCUGCACGCCCAUCAGACCGCCUUUGGCCAGGAUCGGGACCGGGCCGAGAGCGAGCCGGACCCGGGCCGAGACAUCGAGCUUGAACUGCGUGCUCUGGACAUGGAGGAUUCAGACCACCAGGAUGUUAAGUCUCAGGAGUCUUUAGAUCUGGCCGCCCCACAGUCUCAGGAUGCCUCCCACCUCCUCCCACCUCCCUGCUCGUCUCCCCUCCUCUCAUCCCCCGUGGAGGAGCGACCCCAAACUGACAGUCUUUCCACUGAAAAGAUAGAUGCCCACCUGCUGAAAAAGAUGGCCUUCAGGAGGUCUCUGUCUCCGGGUGGGCUGGUCUCAGGCGGCCUGGGCAUCGGGAAGCUGGUGCUGCGGACCGGACCUCCCCGUCCGGGCAAUUCUUCCACCCGGGCUUGUCCUGAAACGCCCAGCACAGAGAUGCUGAUCAACGGAAGCUAAGGGGCCACGAAAACAGACACUGAGCUGAGUCACGUGCCCACAACCACUUCAUGGUUAAAGGGAAUACCGUUUAGGGCAUCCCAUUUACUUCCAGCCUUUGUAUACAGUAUGUCAAUCAUAUGCCUAAAUAAAACUUGCCACACCACACUGCAAGGGGCAACAGAAAACACACUGUAAGUUGUGGUUUCACCAGUGUAUAGCUCUGCGGAGGUUUUAGUGCUAUAACCGUCAGUGGCUGUCGAGUUAGAUAACCGAACACGUCCAAUGUUUUUCAGUUUCUUGAUCACAGUUGCGUGGAGAAUUUUUCCUAAGUCACUUAAAAUGGUUUAGAUUUGUUGCCCGUAGCGACAGCCUAUUGGUAACAAUGGUAACAAUAUGCAGAUUUUCUUCAGUUACGCCAUUUUAUUACACUUCACUUCAGGAUUUCUGUCUCGUAAUACUUUCAUUUCCUUCUGAUCUCUAUUUUUUUCACCCAUAUGUAGCCUCCGUUAACUGCUGGAGCUCAGAAACCCCCCCCGUGCUGAAUUUACAUUUGGGCACCCGAGAAACUAAACAAAAGUCACACGCUGCAGUAAAUUAGCCAUUUAUUUAUUUCUACCCCACACUUGUGUUACUCUGUAGUUUGCUGUGUCUAAUUGCAUUCUAGCCUGUGCCUUGUUUCCCUUUAAAGCAAACUGAUUUAUUAUGAAGGACCACGCAGCUAUUUAAAACCUACAUACCCUUAUAAAAUAAAAAAGAAUUAUUUCUCUUUACAUGUAUAUCUCUGAGCAGCCUUACAUGGAAAAUUACUUCAGAGCUCUCAUUGACAUUUCAUUUUUAAUGUAUUCCCUGACAUAUCAAGAAAGAGACGUUACUGAUAAUGCUGAGACCAAAAAAAAAAAAAAAAAAAGGGCAGGGUCGUCCAUCCCUCUGAGAAAAUGAAAGAACUGUAGAGGCCUUUCAUUUGCUGAUAAGUGAAGCGAGCCUCUGUUUUAUUGAGUCAUACGAUCUUUUAAGCGUUGACCUCUGGAACGCAUCGCGUCUAAUGGGAUCUCAGAACACGAUCGCACAGUCAUGAACUGAAUUUGUAAGUGAUAAUUGAUCACUGGAGGUCAGUAAUCUGUGUUAGGAACCUUUAACAUCUAUUAUUCUGCAUGCAUAAAGAACUGAGAGCUUUUUCGCGGAGGAGAAGAAUUUAGUAGAUUUAGUAGAAGAAGAACUCCUAAUUAAUCUUAAAAAUCUAUUUUGACAUCUUUGUGGGCCUGUAGAGGCGCAUAAAACUAACCCCGCUCAUAGCAAGCUGAAAACCGUCUCACAGCACAGCGUGCACAGGCCGCCAUUCACACACAAACCUGCAAUACGGUGAAAUUCCGGCUGUGUCCUAUAAAACAGACAACUGGCCUCUACAAUUAACUUUUAUUCCUUUCUCAGAGGUAGACUUUAAACUCAUUUGAGUUACUGAACACUGGAAAUCAUGUCUUUGUGAUCCCGUGCUUUCCCGGUCCCGUCACAUUUAUGUGCCACUAUGCGCAAGCAGUAUUCCCCGGCUGUGCGUAUGACGUGUAAAGGUGAAGCCUACAAAAGAGGAGGGCACCGCUUCUUGUGUUUAUUCACGCUGAGUCUUUGUUUAACUGUUUUUUUUUGUUCUGUUUUAUUUUAUGCAUUGCUAACUUCUGUGAAGUUGUCUGUGGGGGUAUUUUGUAUCAGGAUCUUUGUUGCUCUUCUUUGUUACAUUUCACGUCGCAUCAGUAGACAGGACCGACGGUGCUGUCUUAUGCGCGUCUGUGCCGGCUGAGCGUCAGAUGCACUGUGAUCUGCCGAAGUCUGCUUCGCUGUAGCUUUGUUUAGUGUGGGUGGUUUUCAUACAGAUCUGCUGUGCCUCACUCUGUUAUAUAGGCAUGAGGCAUCACGGCCAAGUUUGAUUUUUAAUAAAUAGCACGAAAAAACAUGAACCCGUCCAAGGCUUUGCUCAGACUGCGGGCGAAUUUAGACCAGAUUGAUCAGAUCCAGAUUAAACCAACCUAUGUGCACAGGUUGCUGAGGUAACCGCGUACCUACUCAACAUGGCCCCUAAACUGUCUCAUUCCAGUAGCUUCCUAACAGCUUCGCCUGUAUUGAGUAUCCUCCUCAAAGUUACUAUCAGACAGUUUACAUCAGCUCCUCUGCGCAGACCUCUUCUUCGUGUUGUUGCAAAAUUGCUUUUUAAAUCACCUCCAAAUCUGGUUUCAAUCAAGUUUGAAAAUUAAUCUGGAUAUGGUCAAGACUAGUCUUGGCUAGCAGUCCGAACAAGGCCUUAGAUAAACAGGAUAUAAAGUAAUGACACCUCCUAAACGUGUUUACACCUAAUUCUAAAUUUAACAAGACUUAAGGUAUGUGACAACGAGACGAGGAGGGGUAACUAAUAUGGGUCUUUCAAGCAGCCCUUGUCAUUUCCCUCUCAUCUCAGCUGCUGUUUGUUAAAAAUAAAAUUUAAAAAAACCCGAGAGGAAAACAUCAGCGUCUUUCCUCGCAGAUUAUUACACAUAGUUCUAUUUUACAGGAUGGUGUAUUGAGUUUAAAAUUAAAACUUUUUUCUUUUUUUUUUUUUUAACCAAAAUGAAAAGUGGCUCUGUGACCAUUUUCAUUCUUCCACCAAACUGCUCAGAGAAGCAGGCGGAGACAUGAAAGGACUGGAACGGACGAUUCGUCGUGACUCGACGCGGCGACGCGCUUUUGAAAAACGUUCUGUUGACAAUUAAGAGGCAAGGGCCGACGCAGGGAUUUGCUGAAGCUGCUCCCGGUCACUAAAUUAGCUCAGCUACCUACUGUCACUCUGCAUCUGUUUACAACUUCACCUUGGAGGUCAUGUGACGUUAAGUGCCGUGUUGUGUACAGUACAAUCAAUCCCCUUUCCCUGCAGCUUUUUCCUCUUCAUCACACGUAAACCAUGUGAGGAAUACUAAUACUUCUCCUGUAGUUCCGCUUUGCUCCAUUAGAGGAGGCUAAACCCUUGUCUGUGUGAAUUGCUCAGGGAAGACUUAAUUUGCUCGGCUGCUUUCGGCUUUUUCAUCGUUUUUAAUGAUCGGUGAAAGAAUUUACUUCACUCAGUGACAACUGCCCCUCUCUCCCAGAUGUGUAAAUGGGUUCAAGUGUGAAACACACUGAUUAUAUUAUUUGCCAAUGUUUACUUUGCGAGUGUUUUCUUUUGCCUCUCGGUAUCAGUAUUGGCUCUGCUAUUUGUGUUCUUAAGAGAAAGGGCUGGGCACUACUGCGUGUAAAAAUAAAAAACUAACAGAAAAAUUAAAAAAAAAAACAGUAUUGUGAGUAUUGAUCUACUGUCAAAGUGAUACUGCUGUAGUGGCUAAUUGCACUGCACUAAUUCCCACCCCCAUCACUGCCAGUGGGUGCCGGAGUACGCCCCUCAACCACUUUCCUCCACCCCCACCGUCUCUGUUCUCCCUGCAUCCCGCGUCAUGCAUGCAAUAUAGUUCCCUCUUGUGAUGGCGGAGGAGUAAUGACGAUUCUGUAGUUGUGAUACAACACACCCAGCGCUGUAAGAGUUCUGCACAUGCCCACUGUGUGGCCACGUCAAGUGCUGAAGUCUGCUUGCAGCAUUUUUAUUGCUUGCUCAUGAAAAUGACUUAUUGUUUAACAGCGAUUAUAUUAUCAUUAUUAUUAUUGUUAACCACAUUUGAUCGUCGUCGUGGUAUUGUUUCCUUUUCGGUAUAUAUUCUGCUUCUUUGUUUUGAAUUUGAGAGUUUGCUGGAAUUUUUUUGUUUUUUUGUUUUUUUUUAUUAGACGAGGAAGUGUCUCAAUAUUCUUUAUUGUUUGGAAAAAACAACAAAAAAAAAACAACCUGUUCGUUGAUUGUGAAACAUGAUGAACUGAUGUUUUCUGACUAUUCAUGUCUGUAUUAGACAUUUUAUUUGCGAAUCUAUUGUUCGAUUGAAAUGUAAAUGAACUACUAUGAGAUGGUACGCAUCCGUCAUUGUAUACAGUCUGGCACCAUCAUUAGAUGGACUUACAGUAUAGACGCUCAUUUAUACGACCUGUGCUGAUCAGAUAUAUUUAAAUGUUUAAAUCGUUGGGGCAGUUGUGUAAUGUUUCGGAAUGAGGAAAAUACACUCCUUGAGAGACAGCGUAUUUAAAAUGUCCCCAAGAUGAAUAAUACUGUUACGUAUUCCAUUUAUUUCCUUGGAAAUAUCGCAUUGUGAAAGGUUUCCCUUUUACUUACUGUACGGUAAUGCAGGACUGGAGUUUAAGUCUAACCUAUGGUGAUGAUUAUGUGCUAUUCAUAAUUGAUAUAUAAAAAAAAACAGUUUGAGUUUUGUUUCACUGACUGACUGAUUCUUCUGUGCAUUUUCUAGCUUGUUUAACUGUUUAACACUGACCCACAGACAGCUCGGCCGAGCAGCGUACUUGCUUCUGUGUUGCACUGAGAGAUGGUAGUUAAGAAAAAGGAGGAUUUCAGCACAUGAAAUUGCAUGCUAUAAUAAACCAACAACAGUAGUA